AUGUCUGCUGCCUUCACAGACGGGGGUCAGGAAGGCCUAUGGAGGCAACAUGUUGAGUUACUGAUGGUUCACUUCCCAUUUCUGAACAUUCUGGGCAGAAGAUCAACAGCUGAAGCUGGACAGAAGGCCUGGAUGACGUGUGGAGCUGGAGAGGAGAGAACCAUGCCAGCUUUAGAGCGCUUAGACCUGAUCUGA